CGUGAGGGGGGUCGCACCGUGAGGAGGAGUGGUGGAGAGGCAGCAGCAGCAGCAGCAACAGCAGAGGGGGAGAGAGAGUCAGGAGGCUGGGGUCUGAGCAGGCGGAGGAAUUGGAGAGGGCCGAGCCGCUGCAUCUUCACCAUGCAGCCGAAAACCACCAGUCGUCCAUUUUUCACCAUCAUAUGAGCGCCAGUCUGUGUCUUGGUGUGGGCAGACAUCACUACCACCAUCGGCAGUAGCGGUAGUUGUGUGAUGAAAACAUAGGCCAACGCCUCGCUGCUGCAGCUUCAUACAGGGAAUGAAAACGCUCCCAAGAUGGUCCGCGUCGCCAAGGCUCUGGGUUUGAUCAUUCUGUCCGUCGCUGUGCUCAUCCUGUCGCUCAUCAGCUAUGUCUCUCUGAGAAAAGACAGCCUCUUCACCUCCAACAAAUACUACAUGGGAGGCCCGAGGAUUAUGUUCCAUGCAGGAUUUCGGUCUCAGUUUGCUAUGAAUUUUCUGGACCCGUCCUUCAUCCCUUUAACCACCGCCCUAAACGAAGAGCUUCAAGGAAAAGCGUCCAAAUGGAAGUUCAACAAGACUGCUUUUUAUCAGCACAGGAAAGACAUUUUCAAUUACAUCGACAUUGCCAACAAUUUCUCCCUAAUAAAGAACAGUGUACGCGUUGGACAGCUGAUGCACUUUGACUACUCCAGCCACAAGUAUGUCUUCUCCAUCAGCAACAACUUCAAGUCCCUGCUCCCAGACGUCUCUCCUAUCCGCAACAAACACUACAGUGUGUGUGCUGUGGUGGGAAACAGCGGCAUCCUGACGGGCAGCCACUGUGGCCCAGAAAUUGACCAGGCCGACUUUGUCUUUCGCUGCAACUUUGCCCCCACAGAUGUCUACUCCAAAGAUGUGGGCAGGAAGACCAACCUGACCACCUUUAACCCAAGCAUUCUGGAGAGGUACUACAACAACCUACUCACCAUACAAGACAGGAAUAAUUUUUUCCUCAACCUGAAGAAGCUGGAGGAAGCCAUCCUGUGGAUCCCUGCCUUUUUCCUGCAUACCUCAGCCACGGUGACCAGGACCCUAGUGGACUUCUUUGUGGAGCACAAGGGCCAGCUGAAGGUCAAGCUGGCCUGGCCAGGAAACAUCAUGCACGAUGUCAACAAAUACUGGAAGACUAAGAACCUCUCUCCAAAACGUCUCAGCACUGGAAUCCUCACGUACACGCUGGCGUACGCCAUGUGUGACGAGAUCCAUCUCUACGGCUUCUGGCCCUUCGGCUGGGACCCUAACACAGGCAAAGACCUGCCCUACCACUACUAUGACAAGAAAGGGACCAAAUUCACCACCAAGUGGCAGGAGACCCACCAGCUACCCAGCGAGUUCAAGCUGCUCUACAAGUUGCACAGGGAAGGCGUGACCAAACUCAGUCUAACACACUGCACUGCUUAGACAUGAUAUAGUGUUGGACUCCAGUGGCCAUGACGCAGAUACAUCAGCUCAGUUGGAAACCUAUGUUGAGUCCCACAUUGCAUGAUAUGUGUUUAUGACACCCGCAUUCUACAAACACACACUCACACCACGCUGCAGUGUCACAUGACAAUGCCCGACUCACACAGGAUUAGGAUUAGAUUUUUUUUUUUAUCGCUGCUCACUUGCUUCCUUUUCUUUUUUCUUUUGCACGGCUGUAACUUAACAAGUCAAACUAAACAGAUGUUUAUUUUAACUGGAGUCUGUAGGGGGUUUAGUUGUAAAAAACAGAACCAGUCAAAUCUUCCACGCCUGUAGUGAUUGAUUAAUCGACUUUUACAACAGUUAUACGGAUUCUGAAAAUCAAUACACUGAAAUCACUGCCUAAUCUCAGGGAAGGAGUUAGAUCAGUGUUUUUUCUAGUCAGAUUCAAUGUCUCAGAGAGCUGCAGUUCCUGUUUUCACGCCUUUUCCCCAAAACAAGGUGUGAAGACGGUGUUUGUUUACAAGACUACACACAAACACACGUGCACAUUACUGUCGUUGUAUAUUUGUGAGGACAAAAUGCAUUUCCUAUCCCACUCAGCCAAACCCUUCACCUAACCCUUAUCAUCCCCGAAGUUUAUCUAUGGUCUAAAUUGAUCCUUUCUAGAAAGACAUGUACACAUACACUUAUAUUCUAUGUAGACAUUGUGAUGUUCCAAACCAGUUUUCUUUCAGUAAUAAUCAACAUUCCAAAAAACUAUAGUUGUUAUUACAAAACAUAAUUUAAAAAAAAAAGUGGUAUUAGCCUCCACAUAUUUGUGAUUACAUCAUUUUUUUAGGGAUUUUAAAUAUCGUCUAACAAAAAAAACAACGAAACGAUAGCCCCACUAGUGGUUACAUAGAAAUCACACAGCUUUGAUUUUUAAAACAAUUGACAACCUUUGAAGAAUCCACAAUGCCAUUUAUCAGGACGUACACACUGAUCUAUACAAUCUUCAUAGCCAAUAGGACAUUUAAAUGCAUAAAUCCAUUCCUAAUUCUUUUGAAUAACGUUUCCUGAACAAUUAACUCUCGUUAGUCAAACUUGUAUGUUACUAAAUCUAUUUACAACUCAAAUUUGACAGUGACAAGACUUUAGGGACUAGUUGCAGUUGUCCUAAAAACACAAAAUUAUAUUUUUACACUUUUUUUAGACCUGUUUGUCAGGCUGGGAUCUAGACUGCUUUGAUAAAGAGAUGGUGUACUCUCUGAGUGUUCUUCUAUAGCAGGCACUGUUUUAUAUACCAAGAACUAAAGACAUAGAAACUAAUAACACAUAAAAUAAAACACUUUUUAAAGGGGGUAUCAAGUUGUCCCCGUCUUUGCGUUAAGUUAAUCUAAACCAGCCACUGAAUAGAUUUUCUCAAAUAACUCUCACAAGCAAACCGAUACGUGUAUUUGCCUUUAUUGUGACAAAGACGUAACGACUCAGUUUUGUAUUUCAGACCAAAAAUAAUGAAAAGAAUGUGUAGUUUGAGAGUAGCAGCCGACCUGUGACCUGAACCAACGCGCUAAUGUGGCUUAAAAUGUCAUGAAACACAACAUUUUGGAUGUAGUUUAUCACUAUUUCAAUGACAGCAAUACACUAUGUAUUAUUGAGCUUUUGACUUGGGAAGAAUGCCAAUAUAAGACGGAGUAAAAAUGAAUGCAUUUUCACUUAUUGCAUCUUGUGUAAGAAACAUGAACCACUGAAAUUACAUUGCAUGUGAGGCACUAACAAAUCUUUUUGGCUAGUUUUAUACAACCUUUUUGAAGCUUGUUUUGGGGGUAAAAAUUGAGUUAUUUGCUAUUGUUUCUAUUCCUGAUGGUGUAUUCAAAUAUCACCAGUGUCUUUGUAUGAUGAACGUUUGAAGCCUAAAAAAAGAAACCUACUGCGAUACUCUACAUGGGACCAAACCUCUACUGAUCAACUUUACGAAUGAACAAGCUUUAUUUUUCUAUAAAUGUAGAUAAUCACGGGCUCAGAAACAGUCCGCCCCUUCAUGCCAGACUGGGUGUUUUAAUGGGGUUGAGGACCAGACAGAAAAAGCUGGCCACAUGAUCAUCUCAUGGCUUUGCAACAUGUGCUUCGUUCUUGUUACACAUUUUGGCUUAGGCUGAGCGUUAAUACACAGAGAAAUGCAGUCAUUCACACUCAGUCGGUGUGUGUGCUUUCGUGCUCAUCCAGAUUCAGCGUGGCAGGCAUUUGCUUGCCAUCGUGUCCCACACAAAGGUCUUUUUUGUCUGUCUCUUUAAGCAAGAUGAACUUUCAGAUAGUGGACACUUGCGUCUCAUCCGAACGGCUAAAUGGAAGUCAUUUAGUUGGUGUCGUAGAUAUUUUAUUCCCUUUAUUUGGAAUGUUUUGUAGGUACACCAAAGACAUUGUGUUUGAACAACUAGUAUCAAGUAGAGGGAAAAUGUCACAUUUUAAAUUUUGCGGCACAGCAACACUCCAAACGUCAUGAAUGUCCUCUGCUGCCAAAGUGAAUGCUGAGAAUUUUCCUCCAAAAAGGUUUCUCCUUAUUUUCAAAUCAGUAUGUAGAAUGCGUUAGAAUGCCAAUGACGCUAACACAGUUUGUGAUGAUUGUGAUUCCAGUCAGAAUAACAGCAACGCUGUUUGUUUGUAACGUUUAAAAUGACCGGGCAGAGAGAUAUAAACUGUACAGUAAUGAUCUUUAUUUCUAAAGAACACAUGACUCGUUUCCCGACAAACCCGUUGACAUUUUCAUAGAUACAUAUGUUCGAUCUGCAUGGCAACUUAAUUCCAUAAUGCAUAGAAAAGCUAGGCUGCUUAUGUACAUGUUGUAUAAAAGUCCUUAUGUAUAAAUCAUAUAAGGGAAUAUGAGAACUUUGGUUGGUCUAACAACAAGCGUUCAUAUGAGAAAUGUAAAAUGUCUUAAAUGUUUUGAGAUUAUACUCCAUGGUAAUAAAUACAUAAUGUGCCUGCAUACUCCUUUCAUCAAUGCCUCAAUGUCUCAAAUAAAAGAAAACUGUAUUUUUCUCU